AGGGUAAUCAGUGCUCCUCCGACCGACGACAUGCCGAAGCUGCAGAAGUACAGAGGAGUGAGGCAGAGGCACUGGGGCUCCUGGGUCUCCGAGAUCCGCCAUCCUCUCCUGAAGAAGACUAGGGUCUGGCUUGGCUCGUAUGAGACGGCGGAGGACGCGGCACGGGCGUACGACCAGGCGGCACAGCUCAUGAGCGGGCCCACGGCACGCACCAACUUCCCCUCCGGCGCCCCCGUCGGCGGCAGCCUGUCCCCUGCCCUGCGCGCCAAGGUGGAGAAAUGCUGCAUGCCGACGGCGAAGGGCGCCGAGAUGACCGGGGCGGCCAUGGCUAGAGGCUACGACGCCCGCCAAAACAAGCUCGAGGACAUCAUCAAAGUCGUGGACGAGGAGGAGGAGUGCAUCGAGGAGAUGAUCAGGGAGCUCACCCACUACGGCUCUAUGGAGAUCGUCCUCUCCCCCGCCUGCUCCAGCAGUCCAGCUCCGUAAUCUAGCUUGCUGGUCAUCGACCAGCCAGAUCGAUCGCUUCGCUAGCUAGCUGGUCCAUGCCCAUCUUCCAUUCCCUUGUCGUCUCUCCCCUUAGCUGUUUUGUAACACCAUUAGCUGCCAUGAAUCAGCACAUGCUAGUUUCUAUUAGGGCAUCUCUAGUCCAUCAUCCGAAAAUCAAAUAUGGAAGAUAUUUUUAUAUAUCCACAAAAAAGAUAUUUUUAUAUGGAAGAUAUCUUUUUAUAGUAAACGAUUGUUGCCGAAGAUA